UACGUGGACGAAGGAAGAAGGAAUAUCGUGGCGCGUGGGCGUGGUCGUGGUAGUGACGUGAACAACAGUUGCACACGUGCGUGCGUGCAUGCGUGCCGGCGUGUUCGUUAUACGCGGCAGCUCUGAUGCUGAAUGCACGGGCCGCGAGGCCAACGACAGGGGUUGGCACGGACUGAUUUCGCCGUCAGACUGCCGCCAAGCGGGGAGGUUUGUCUCGCGUGUCGACAUACAUCAAUGGUUCAGUUUGGAUGUCGACCAUGGAACCUCAGUCUGACCAGCGUGAUAGUCCUCGCCCUCUCGAACAUGCUAUUAACUUUUCUACUGCUCCAAUCAGAAACCUGCAUCCCAGACGAUUCGUCCAGAGAUCUCGAACCAAACGCAAUAACCGAAUGGAAUCUGGGCAGCAUGAUCAAGGAACAGGAGCAGGAGCAACAGCAGCAGCCAGACUGCGUCACACAGGAUUAUCAGACAUUGCCAGCUGACGCGAACGUUUUGAAGCUGAACGUAAAGCUAGGACGAUGGGACGCGCGGCGGAUGUUCCGCACGUUCGACCACGUGUUGGUUGGCUUGAGUUUCGUCGAGCUGUCCCAAGCGUACAGGGUAUGCUUGGCGACGCAGAGCUCCGUAGAAAAGCUGCAUUCGCUCGUGCAGGCUGCCCACCAUUGGACGGGUCCUAUGUCCGUUGCGUUGUAUGCAGCCGGCGACGAGGAGUUCGAGGUUCUUCAGAAGUACCUGACGUACCUUAGAAGAUGUUACGAACCCAUAAGAGAGAGGGUUACGUUCUCUUUGGCGGUGCCCAAACUGCGACAGCCAACUAAGCAGUCAAUGGAAUUUGAGUUACCUGACAUGGUCGACUGUGCCAAACCGGAAGGAACGCUGAAUGAAAUGAUGAUGAACGGGAUUUCGAGCGAACAAACUAACUGGCGAAUACGCAACGUCUAUCCUCAGAAUCAUAUGAGGAAUCUGGCUAGGAAGAAUUGCCAGUCUGAUUAUGUAUUUCUUACUGAUGUGGAUAUCGUGCCGAGUUUUAAUCUGACUGGUGCUCUGGACGAGUUUCUUCGAAAGGAUACUUGUGACAAAUGUGCAUACGUGAUACCGACGUACGAGCUGGACUCGCGCGUCCGGUUCCCACAGAACAAGACGGAGUUGGUCAGACUUGCUAGGAAGGGAUUAGCCAGGCCUUUCCAUCAAAAGGUCUUCAUACAUAAUCAGUUCGCUACCAAUUUUACCAGGUGGUUGCAGGACACAACCCCAAACCACAAAAAUUACGGGAACGUCAGGAGCGGCAAAGUAUACGUCAGUCACAACGUGACGAACUUUGAAUUCCUUUACGAGCCAUUUUACGUGGCAAAGGAUAUCGUCCCUCCCCACGACGAGAGAUUUAUGGGCUACGGAUACACUAGAAACACUCAGAUUCUUAUUGUACGGAAAGGAGUAAAGAACUUUGACGGGAAACGUAUAUUUUGGUUAGAUUUCAUUGCACGUAUAUGAGGUCAGUUAUACUAAAAAUACGGAUGUAAUUAUUGCUAUCUGUGGAAUAAGUAGAAAAUUGACAAGUCUAUGUAUAUCCCAACGUGUCCCGAGUUAAUAUAAUCGGCCAAUUGUAUUUUCUCAAUAUCAUGUUCCAAUUACUUUGUUCCAUCCAAAAUAGUACCUGACGUUAUAAUAUACAUUUGCAGGAUCAAAUUUAGUACUUAAAUACUGCAACUUUUUUUAGCAACAGUAUAUAGAUUUUACAUUCAUCUGUCUAUAUUUACCUAUAAUAUAAUGUCCUCUCAAUACAUCCUCUUCCAAUUACUUCAUUCAAUCGCGGUUUAGCAUGACGAGCAGCCAUUUAAGCGAUCGUCCCGUAGAUUUCUAUCGCUUUAAAAGAGUUUACCUACAGAAAUCUCCGUGUUAAAAUCACGCGCUUGGGAUUCUCACCCAUCAAAAUGGAAAAGCUUCGCCGACCCGAGUCGUUUUAUCCAUCGACACACCUUCCGGCUCGACGAUGUCGGCGUUUAAUGUAAGAUAAGUGAAGACACGUUGCGCCGUAACGUAACGGAGUAGCGGUCUUACUCAUCUGGGAUUUAUACCGACGUGCGAUCGCAUAAAACUCAAUUAUCAGACUCGUUCCGGCGUGGUUUCACUUCGCAGUUCAACGGCGUGCAGCAGCGUCGGAAAAAUUAUGCGACCGCUGUUUACCUGACGCCGCGAAUGCGUCGUCACGUAUAGCCCUAAUGCGUGAUCCUUGCGCCGUAUAUUUAUCAGAGAAUUUCGAGGUGGCUAUUUUGGAAAAGGGAAGUCCCUUAGAAGUUUUGAUUUGGAUCAGCGAAAUGGAAUUGUGUUUGGAUUAGGUUUUUAACAUCGACAAUUUAUUCAGCUGGAUUUACUUCGCGCGAAUUGGUCUGUUGAUCCUUUCCUGAAACUAGGUUAUGAUAUAUUUUCCACUGAAAUAACAUCUACGUUGUGUAAUGAAACGUUGUUAUAUACCAAAAUUGUUUUUAUACAACAGAAGAUGUUAAGAAUUUUCAUUUGCUAAGAACUUAGAAAUAAGUGCCGGUCUCUUUUUUAUUAGCAUUUCACCCCGAAAUGAUGUAUCUGUUCUACUUAUUUUAUUUAUUAACUAUUGUAAAUCGGAACUUUUGAUACGUACAAAGUCAAAACUUCCAUCACCUCGAUAUUCGCAAGAAGAUUACUGUAGCUAUAGAAUGUUCGCUUAGGUCUAUCUCCGUUUAUAAUAAAAUUAAAUAAGAUAGAAUUACAUACUGAACGCUUUAUGUCAUUUUACAUGUUUAUGUCAUGUUACAUAAAGAGAGAGCGUUUGUUUGUAUGUUAGUAAUCAUCUGGAAAACGAUUCAAAUAUUUACAACAAAUCGUGGAUAGCAGCUUUCUUAUCGUAUAUUCCGGAGUGUCACAAGAUAUAUUUAUUUUAUUUGAAAAGACCUAAUUUUCCCCAAAAUCGUUGAUUUUUACGAAGACCGCUAUUUUUCGGGAACGGUACGUGAUAGAAGAUUUCUGCUUGGAGAUUCGUUUUUGGCAUGAGAAACUCUGUAAGAGUCACGUAGUGGAUAUUGCAAGAAAAUGUUGUGUAAAAUUAAUGCUGGCGAAGCCGCGACGGGGCAUCUUAGUCAUGAAUAAUGAGAUGCAAAAUGUUUCGUGAAUCUGUUGCAGUAACACAUAAUCUGCUAUACGUAUGUAUGUAUGACAGAAAAAAAUGUUAUAUUACAUUAUGCUAUGUAACAUUCUGCUUCUUACAUUUCCAACAAGUUAUUUUUUUUUAUAUUAUACAACUCUUUCAUUAAAUUGUAUAACCUUGCUGUGGAACAUAUUUUGUUAUACCAACAUUGGUUUAUCAUAUUUCUAUGGUUUUUCAUAAUUUCUGAUGAUAGGCUGAGAUACAUUAUUUGGAUAUAGAAAGAUUUUUAAAACAUCAUUUUUUAUGAAAUCCUGCUACUGUUUUUGAUGUGAAGUGUCUCACUGUUUGCAGAGAUCGUUAGUUUUUAUCUAAACGGCGUCGUAAACCCGACAGAUCCGUAAUCGUCUAAAUGAGGAUAAUGUCUUUAUCCCCUCGUUAAAUUUAAUCACCCAAAAUUCGAGGAACACACAGGGAUCGAAUAAACUGCGCCGGGCGGUAACGCGGCGUGUCAUGAUCGUAAUGGUCCGCGGUGGCGAUGGUAACCUCCGCCGCGCCGAUGCCGAACCGUGAAAUUAACCCGAACAACGUUCCCCCAAGGUAUAUGCGCCGAGCGCCGUGCGAAACAAUUCCUGCGUCUCCCUUUACAAUUCUUGUUAGUAAUUGGCAAACCGCUAGUGAGAACACUGUAAAUACAUGUCAGUUUGUUUGCACGCACAUAUACAUAUCCACACUGUUCAAUUAUGAUGUAAACUUCAUUGAGUAUACAUAACUUGAUAGAAAUCGAAUAUGAACUUUACUGAGCAUUUUACACAGCAGAAUUUUCAAUUACACAUUGGACCAUUGCUCUCAAGCCCCUACCCCAUAAAUGUUUAAAACCUGCAAUAAUAAUACAAAUAGAUAUGAUAUACACGUAAUGUGAUUUAUUGCAUGCUUACUAUACUAUUCAUCUAAUACCAUGAUUUACUGUACGAAAUUCCUUUAAUUAAAGUCUAUGAUGAUUACUUAAUUCUUGCUAUUUGACAGGCACUCCUUUGUUCUACUUUGUAAAUGUCGAAUUUCGCUGCGAAAUUCCAUUUAUCAUCCACCGCGUUUCAUGUAAUAAAUUCUUAAUUCUUGGAAGCAAGGACGCAACAACGAGGGAAAUUUCCUUCCUUUCGUUAUUCCAUCCUUUCUCCUCCGAAAUAAUAAUUCGACGGCGUUUCGCUUGAUAAUCUUCCUUCGUAAUACACACACAUUUGUAACUAUGCUACGUGCAUACACCCCAGGUUGAUGCACGAAGGUAAAGGUUAGUUGAACCACGCUGGAUCCAGUUCCCCGUUCAAUGAGGAACAAGGAGCACCGAUUAGACGAAGUACGAUCUGCGUAUAACAGAAAUUUUGUACAUUUAAAUUUAUAUAAUGGCUCGAUAUAAACUCACGCGGCAGGGUUAAAUUCCACGCAUAAUUCCGUUUGCUUUUGAAGAGUUUCAGCGGUUACUGUAACUACAAUUUUGGGUAUUCAAAGCUUUGUUAGCCGCGUUGCAGAAUGGAAACGAAAUACUUGUCUGUUUGUAGUAAGAAAUAACAGUCCUGCUGGGAAUUUUGGUUAUUAAAAGUUUCACAUACAUUUCAGGUUCGGUUGGUUUAUUCUCUAAUUUAAAUUCUUAUUGAGUCUAAUUUUUGGUAAAUAUUAAAGAUGUCCAAAUCGAUGUUGAAAGGUUUGUCACGAAGAGAAUAGUCAUGUCUAGGAUCAAAAACAGAAUAUCGUCGAAAAGUUUUCUGUCUUGUGUACAUCGCGGAUGAUUAUUUCAGAAUUUCAGACGGUGGCUCAAACAGGAUUCGUCAACCAAAGCAAAGCGUCCGAGCCAGUAAUUAGGAAGAUACGUCGAGUUGACUCGUUAUGUUGUUUAAUGUAAUCUGUGUACUCGUGCAAACUCUCCCUCCCUCGGUGUUCCGCGCGGGUGUUUCGCGCUGCGAGAGCUACGUACGAAUACUUUAUACCUCGGCCGCAAGAAUGUGACCCCCGGGAGAAGGGGAACUGUAGUAAAGGGAAUUAAUUCCCGGCCGUUGACUAAUUAAGACGAAUAGUUGUGUAACAUGCAUUACGAAAGCAAUUCGCUUUUACUAAUCAACGAGGCGAGUGCCUUCGUAUCGAGAGUGACGUUUGAGUGUAAUUCAUCAUGACCAUUGUUACCCGAAAUAAUGUUUCAACUCUCAUAUGGUACACUCCUAUUCAUCUCCGCCUAAUCUGGUUUCACUAAUUAAUGUCCUUGUCAAUUUUCAUUAUCCCUUCCUGUCAAAUCGAUACUCUUAUUUCAUUAUCUUCCUAUCGUACUUUUUUAUACAUGGGACGUAUUUGUAUUAUUACUCAGCAACUCUUAAUACGAAUAUGCACAUUUAAAAAAUGAUAAACGAAGUAUUGUAUUGUUAAUUAUUAUAUAAUACUUUGAGGUUGGAGAUGUAUCAUUUAACUAACAAUUUUUCUUGAGAGUAAUACAAAUAUUACACAUUACAUUUUUUACUGUUUUCCAUCAUUUUAUACUUUAUAGGAAUGAAGUGGUGAAACGUUGAUUGAGUUUCUGUCCUUAACUGAACUAUGAUUAAACACAAUACUCGUUCAGGAAACUGUGAUACUCUGUCAUCCCUUGCCGCUCUCGUAUCUGUGUACAAUUAUUCACUGGUCGUCCUCGAGACAGUGAACCGAAGAUUACACAUCGUCUAUCAACUCCUUUGGAUGUUGCCGGAGGUCUCAUUGCCGCGUUUCCGUUCUCCACCGAUGCUAAGUUCCUCUACAUUAAUUCUAACUACGUGUCAUCUGAAGCCUAACGAAUUUCUCAAUCCCCGCUUUGUUGAACCCAUAAUUAUUUUAUGAAUUCUUGCUUGGUAGCAUUAUAUAAAGGUCUAGUAAUCUAAUACACAUAUUUUUAUACAGUAAUACUGAUUAGCAUUUUGUUAUAAAAGUAUUCAUCUCUGUGUCUAGAAAGAUUAUAAUAUUCUGACUAAUUUACUUAUCAACGCUCAACGAAAACUAUCAUAUGAAUGGUGCACGUAAGAGGAAAUAUUUUUAAAUUCCGUCCCUGAGAGUGGAAAUGGGGUAAAAUAUCUCUUUACGAAUAUCUUUAUUUCUCUUGCACAACGUGCAAUAUCGACUCAUUUAAAUUGUUCGUUUGAUGUUAUUCAUACAAAGUAUUAAGAAUACAAAUUUUUUGAUUUCUCGAAAUUCCACCCUCAAGGGGGUGAAAUGAAGUUAAACGUAAUUUUACGAAUUUCGAUACUCUAUCUCGCUCGCAGUUUUAUACAUAUAACUUGCUUCAGAGUGAGUUUAGCAAGUAGCUUAACAAUCUUAGCAUUUACAGGAAGCACUUACUAAUGUCGUUUACAAAGAGGUACUUCUGAUAUUCUUAAAUUUCAUGACUCCGCUGAAUAAUUUAACAUUGUUUGAAUUAUAGACUGAUUUAAAAGUUGUUGACGAUGCAUCCUGCUUGCUUGUAAUUAAUAUCUCUGGAACGAUAAUACUGAAGCAAUUACGAACUGAGACGUCGAAACACGAACUACAGUUGUAGUAAUCUCCGCUUUGGUAAUCACAACCUGUCCGCCGGGGUUUGCGUGCGGCUGUCACGUAUGACUUGCUAUUGUUACGUAUGAUUAUUCGCGAAGACGCAUCUAGAUUGGAGAACAACACAAGACCGGAUCCCGUCUGUUAGAUCUGUCCGACCUGUCUCAGCCGGCGGCGCGUCGCGGUGCGAAGACGAGAUUGUCAGUCGGCGUUCUCUUCCGCCUUUGCUAUGCCCGCUAUUGCGUUGCAAUGUGUCGGAAGCAGGGUGUUUCCUGUGGAAAUAUCACUAGUCGCAGCCUGAUACCUACUGGCACAAUCCUCGAAACUUACGUCACGGCUUGUUAUCAUUAGACUGGGUUUUUAUGCAAAAUAAAACAUUUAUGGUAGUUAAUUGAAGAAAUGCACUUUCGAUAGGUAUUCUUUUUAUCAUGUGAGCAUUACAAUAUGCAUUCACUUUUGAUAUUUUGUAUAUUUUUAUAGAUUAUGCAACCUAUCUACAUAUAGUUUGCACAUUCAGUUAUUUUGAUAAAUAUACAAAUUUCGUAGUCUGGUUAUCAGAGAAGAAAAGCAAUACUUAAACAGCUGCUAGACCAAUUUUACCAAGUUUUAUCGUGUGAAUUGCAAUUCUUGUGAAGAAACAGAAUAUGCAGCUGUUUUCGUUAUCAAUGAUCUUUUAGUAAGGUUUACUCUUAGAAUUUACGUUGCAUGUAUCUACACCUACGUUUAUGAUUCCUAAAACAUUUCGGAGCAUUCAUUAAAAAUAAGUCACAUUAUGUUGUAUCAAAUAUCAUAAAAUGAAUUCUGACUUGUUGAAAUGCCAGAAUGAAUUUUAAGCCAACCAUAUACCUCUUAAUAAAAUCGUCAAAUAAUGAAUUAUUUCAAAUCAUUAUUUGUAUUGUACACAUAUGUCUGUAUACAUAUAGUGACGUACAUAUUUUUAUUUAUAAGUCAUCAUUGAAAUUUAUUAGUUGAAGCUUUGGAUAAUGCAAUUGAGAAAAUGAAAAACGUAAAUUGGAGUUUCGAUCCGGUAAGCCAGGUUUCGUUUUCUUUUCUCACGUUGAUACGCGUUCUCAUGGAAUAUGUUUCAAUACAUAUUUUUAUGCGGAAUAUAUUGCUGUCAUUUUAUCUCCAAACGUAUAGUGCAACAAAUUUCAGUUUCACAAGCUUUGAGCAGGAUGCUUCGAUAUUUGCAUAUUCUAACUGAAGAAACAAAAUUUCAUCUAAUUUUUUGUGAUUCAUUUAUUUUCAAAUAUUUGUUUAAAUAUACUAAGGAUUAAUGCUAUUCUAGAAUCCAGAAAAAUAUCCUAUUCUUGACUAUUUUUUUUAUGGGAAUAUAGUGAAUGUAAUCCUUAUUAUUUGAUUUAAAUAGAUGGUUUCAAUUU